UUGUCUUACCUUUUUACACAUUGGGCAGAGAUUUAUUGUCACCAUCUGAUCAGUUCACUAUUGUUUUUAUUUGGAGCUGUACUCUAGCUAGAUUCAAAUAUCUUUCAAUAGCUCUCCAGAUACAGUGAUAGACCUGAUAUCUGGACUAGAUCUACUAAGUGAAAAUAGUGACACGAGAUUAAGUUACUCUAGUCAAGAUUAAGAAUGGCAUCGGAGCAACAUGCAUUUGCUUAUGAUCCAGAAAAAAAUUAUGAUGAGGACAUUAUGGCUCAGCAGAGACAGAUUGAAAAGGAGAUUGCAGAAACUCAACCAUUAGUAAGUGGGCUGUUUACAUUUGAUGAUAUUGUAGAGGAAUACACAAGUGAAGAUGCUGUGUACAGACAUAAAAUUGAAGAUCUUAAAACACGUUAUGCCAACAUGAGGAAAACAAGAGGAGAUGGAAAUUGUUUCUUUAGAGCUUUUGGUUUUGCCUUUCUAGAAAGUUUAAUCAAAGAUCCAACAGACUAUUCAAGAUUCCUGGAGUUGGUUACAAAAUCAAAAGAUGAGCUUAUUGCUUUGGGGUUCCCACAGUUUACAUUAGAAGACUUUUAUGACACAUUUAUAGAUAUUGUCAAGCAAGUGAAAAGUCCAGGCACUGUGGAAAAACUUGUUGAGACAUUUAAUGACCAGGGUUUGUCUGACUACUUUGUGGUGUACUUGAGAUUAAUAGUGUCUGGGUUUUUACAGAAGAAAGAAGAUGAGUACAUUCAUUUUAUUGAUGGGGAGAGAACUGUCAAACAAUUCUGCAGUCAAGAAGUGGAGCCUAUGGGUAAAGAAAGUGACCACAUCCAUAUAGUUGCCCUGACCAAAGCUCUGGAAGUUCCCAUUCGUGUCGAGUACAUGGACCGUGAAGGUCUGACUUGCAAUGCCUUCACCUUUAGUGCUUCUGACACAUCAGAUGAUUCAUUAGUCAAGCCUGCUGUCAGUCUUUUGUACAGACCAGGCCAUUAUGACAUUCUCUAUCCCCUUUGAACUGGAUGACAUGUUUGUUCAAAAAUAUUUUUUGGAUAUUUACAAAUUCCAAUCAACUGAAAGUUGUAUCAUUUACUGUUUUUUUUUGUAAGUUUGUUUAAAAAUUUCUUUAAAAAAGGUUACACACAAAACACACAAGCCUGAUUGUUUACACUGGACUAGAAAAUUAAGUACUGCUAAUUUCUCUGGGCUAAAUAUGUUUAAAUAAAGGAUUUAACUUCAUGUAGGCUUUGUGAAAAAUGUUUUUCAGAAAAGUAUUCUCAAGUAUUAAAACAAUUUUUAAAGACUAAAUUAAAUUAUUUGACUACCAAGUAAGAAAAAAUUAUGUAUUCAUUGCAAUUUACACUUUUGGCAAUGAAUACAAAAAAAUAGUUUUUAAUAAAGUUAUUAAAUACAUUUUCAUUGCUUGAAAUGUAAAAAAGUUUUGUAAUUUUGAAAUCCCAAACACUUUUCUCUAACCAAUGUGUAGACUCAGGGGUCUGUCUGAUGCACACAUAUGUUCAGUAAUGUGUUAAAGUAUUGCUGUCUGUCUACACAUCAUACAAGUAAUGAGGAAAUCUUGUGCUUGUUACAAUAAUCAUGAGGAUUGAUGUUGUGACAAUUUCUUGUGACUUGUAAUUUCACUUCUAGUGAAGGGACAUCACUACUGUCCAGUAGCUGUCUGGACUCUCCUUAAGUGAAAUGUUUACAAGAGUUAUUUUGUUGUAGUUCUGCCUUACACACCAUGUUGUAUGUGAGCAGUCUAUCAGUUUGUUUAUUGCAAUAAAUGUUAUUUGAUGGUU